UUUAAUUGUUUAAUAAUAUAUCAAUAAUUUCAUUUCAGAAUGGGGCCUAUGUUGCAAGCUAUGUAGAGACCCUGUUCUCCAAAACAAAUACCAAACUUAAUGACGACUAUACAGAUACACCAUAUUAUAAACUUCUUUGUUUUCUUGCUAUGUUAAGAAAUUCGGCCGUGGAAAAAGUAUCGAGGUUUCUAGAAAGCAUGGAAAGAAAAGAGAUUUACUUUCGGGUCGACACGUAUAUCAACUUUUUAAAGUUAUUGGUUUAUGGUAAUGCCGUUGAUGCAUAUUCAGUGGAACUUCCCAAACAAUUUGAAAUCGGUUUAUUUCCAUUGGACUCACGUGACUUCAAAACAGAAGGUGCAAAGCUAUAUUUUUUACGAUGGACAAGCCUUUUAACAAUAGAAACCAUGGAAGAAGCCAAAACUUUCAAAAAGAUGGCCGUCAGCUCAAACGACAUCACGCGAGCAGACGCGUUCUCUGAGAGCAAGAUGGCAAGGUGGCUGAACAUUCAGGCUGAGCGACAAAUGUUUUGUCCACAGGAUGGAAUUGCACUUAGUCCAUCUCAUCGAGAGGACAAAGAUCCAUUGUUUCAGCCAAAGUACUUCGCAGAAUGCGUACAAUCGCGUAGAACAGGACUCAUGAUUCUAGUUAAUCUUAUCUGCAAAGUGAGCUCUGACCCAGAGGAGCUGACAAACGGUGAUGUACCGAACAUCAGCCACUGGCGUGUGGACCGAUUUAUUAAUCUUGUUUCAUUCAGGCGCAUGUUAGUUGCCCUCAAAAGCAUUUGUGCUCGCCCAAGUACCACCGUCGUUGAAACCUGUCCAAUUGCUUCAGUCAUUUCUCCAGAAUUUCAGGAUUUAAAAUUAAUUAUUGACAUAAAAGCAGACGAUAACGCACAGCUUACUGGGGAAAAUGCUGCAGCUUCGGUGCCUGAUGCACAAACUUCAGGAGUGCCAAACACUUCAGCUAAAAGAGAAGGAGUGCCAAUUGGUGGCUCUUGUAAAAGGCAAGAAGUCAACUUUCAAAGACCAAAGUCGGAGAAUAGACCCGGAAAUAAAAGCCAAAUAGAAGCAAUAGAUGCUGCAAUGCAUGACGGAGUAGCAAUCAUUCAAGGACCUCCUGGUACUGGUAAAACAUUCACAGCGGCAGAAAUCAUCAGAAUAUGGCUUGAAAAUUGGGACUCAAGACCUAUCUUGGCUUGCGCAGAAACCAACGAAGGAGUGAAUAACUUAAUCAUGAAGGUAUUGAAGCUCAGCUGCGUAUCUCCCGAUGACAUGGUUCGAAUCGGUAACGUUAGCAAGGUGACAGAAGAAAUGAAACGAAUAACUCUUGAGGAAAAGUACUUCGCAAACGGACAUAAGAUGCAUGAUAUGCAGAUGGACUACACCAUUGUAAAAGAUAUCAUCCAUCGAGCUAAGAUUGUAUUCAGUACCUGUAUCGGUGCAGGUACGAACUAUAUGACUGAGCAAUACUUUCCUCAUGUACUUCUGGAUGAGGCAUCACAGGCUACUGAACCAGCAGCGAUGGUGCCUCUACAAUAUGGCUGCCAAAGAUUAUGUCUUGUCGGGGAUGAUAAGCAGUUACCUCCGCUAGUGAAGAGCUCAAAUGCUGACCAGCUGGAAGUCUCUAUAUUUGAAAGGUAG